AAUGCGUUGUUCCUCCCUAUUUGUACAACUGAAUGGCUUUCUAGCGCAUAUGUCCUGGUAUAAAUUUCGCUAAUAAUUCUUUGGUGUGUGCCUCAUGCCUCAUGCCUCUGCUGCUGUUUUCUUUUACUGAGCUUACUAUAGGCGCUCAAUGUAAUGAGUCUCAUGGGCUUUUCAAUUUUCUCCGCCUCUUGAUGUCGCCACUGGUAGGCCGCUUCCAGUGGACAUUUUUGCCUACUCAAAGGUGCGUUUCGUACAGUCAGGUAUACCAGACUAAAGGACAUGUUGUACAGGGUAUAACUACUGCACCUUAUCCAUUCCAAUGUCAAAUCACCCUGCGCAGUGACUCUAAGGCGAAGCUGAUCAAGGUAGCUUUCCUUGAUGCGGCAGAUACAUUCGUCAGAUUCGAGAACGACAUAUCCGCCGAAGAUAAGGAAUGGAUAAGGAAUUAUAGAUCGCAGUGACGAUGAUGUGCGAUUGUCUGAGCGCUGGUAAAAAGGAAGAUACCUGGAGGUAGUGUUCAAUCACGAGGUGGCGAAGACAAGAAUCGCUGCGACGUGUUCUGUGCUACUUAAAAUGAUCAUUUUCAUAUUCAGACGGGCGGUCAUCUUGUCAUG